AAUUCAUUUGUGUGGCCUCCGCUAAGCUCAAUCUCUCUCUCUCUCUCUCUCUCUAGAUUAUCUCCUCCUCCGCUUCUCCUUCCUCUCAAUCGCUGCUGCUGCUUCUUCUUCGGAGUUCAUCCCCCGCGGCGAGCUCCCGCUGUCCCGGCGAUUGGAAGUCGACGGUCGAUUCCGUCGGAGCCUUAUGUUUGCCUCCAAUCAGCUCCCAGCAAUCUGCUGUUCCGAAUUCGGUAGAGUGUCUUGUUUGGGAACGUCAGUCGUGGCUUUCUGUGUCUACCGAUGAUAUUGCUCCGCUCAGAUGCUUCGCGAUAGGAAUGGCUUCUGCUUCUUCGAUGUCCGUAUCCGUGGAAUGUGUCAAUAUAUGUAAGCUAGCUAAAGGAGAUGGGAGUGGCAAAUACGAUUGCAGCGCCCUUUCCUGUGCCUGGAAAGCUCCACGUGUCCUGUCUGGUUUGCUUGCAAGCACAGCACACCCCCCUCAAUGUUCAUCAUUGUUAUUCAGGAGGGCUGGGCAAAGGAACCGAAUCAGAUAUAGGUGCGAAGCAUUCUGUGCAGGAGGUUGUUACUUCACGGAAAUGCCAGAGUUUGUGGCCUUUGGACGACUUUUAAGACAUUGCACAUCUUCUGUGGCACGUAAAAGAUGGCAGCAUCAUUGUUUAUCAUCUGGAUGUUCGGAUUCCUUGGAUGAGAUUUCUCCUGAGAGUUUGUGGGAGUAUCUGAAGCCAACAAUUUCAUAUCUUUCAGCAAAAGAGCUGGAAUUGGUUCACAGUGCUCUUAAGUUGGCUUUUGAGGCUCAUGAUGGUCAGAGAAGACGCAGUGGAGAGCCGUUUAUUAUUCACCCAGUUGAAGUGGCUCAAAUUUUGGGAGAACUUGAGUUGGAUUGGGAAUGUAUUGCCGCUGGUUUACUCCAUGACACUGUUGAGGAUACGAAUCUUGUUAAUUUUGAACGGAUAGAGGAGGAAUUUGGUGCCACUGUUCGCCACAUUGUGGAGGGAGAAACAAAGGUGUCAAAGCUGGGAAAAUUGAAGUGUAAGAAUGAUGCCAACUCAGCUCAAGAUGUCAAAGCUGAUGAUCUUCGGCAGAUGUUCUUAGCUAUGACUGAGGAGGUUCGCGUGAUCAUUGUCAAACUGGCUGACAGAUUGCAUAACAUGCGUACCCUAUCACACAUGCCUCCACAUAAGCAGUCUAGCAUUGCCAGAGAGACAUUGCAGGUUUUCGCUCCUUUAGCGAAACUCUUAGGAAUGUAUCAAAUUAAGUCCGAGCUUGAAAACCUAUCCUUCAUGUAUACAAGUCCUGAAGAUUAUGCUAAGGUCAAGCGAAGGAUUGCUGACCUACAUAAGGAACAUGAAAAGGAACUUGAAGAGGCAAACAAGAUACUGAUGAAGAAAAUAGAGGAUGAUCAGUUUCUGGACCUUAUGACGGUGAAAACUGAAGUUCGUUCUGUGUGCAAGGAGCCCUACGGUAUCUAUAAAUCUGCUCUCAAGUCUAAGGGUUCAAUCAAUGAGGUUAACCAAAUAGCGCAGAUCCGUAUAAUCAUAAAACCAAAGCCAUCUGUUGGAGUUAGCCCUUUAUGCAGCCCACAGCAGAUAUGCUACCAUGUUCUUGGGCUAGUCCAUGGAAUCUGGACCCCUAUUCCACGAGCUAUGAAAGACUAUAUUGCAACUCCAAAACCCAAUGGCUAUCAAAGUCUCCAUACAACUGUGAUCCCAUUUUUGUAUGAGAGCACGUUUCGGUUGGAAGUUCAGAUUAGAACUGAAGAGAUGGAUCUCAUAGCUGAAAGAGGUAUUGCUGCUCAUUAUAGCGGAAGAAUCUUUGUCACUGGCCUAGUUGGACAUGCAAUGCCAACUGGAAAAGGUCCAAGAGGAAAGCCUGUUUGUCUCACUAAUGCAAAUAUUGCAUUAAGGAUUGGCUGGCUCAAUGCAAUAAGAGAAUGGCAAGAGGAGUUUGUUGGGAACAUGAGCUCAAGAGAGUUUGUGGAUACUAUCACGAGAGAUUUAUUAGGCAGUCGUGUGUUUGUUUUUACGCCUAGAGGAGAGAUAAAGAACCUGCCUAAAGGUGCAACAGUCAUUGACUACGCGUAUAUGAUUCAUACUGAAAUUGGCAACAAGAUGGUGGCUGCUAAGGUCAAUGGUAAUCUUGUUUCUCCAACACGUGUGCUUACCAAUGCAGAAGUCGUGGAAAUUAUUACGUAUAAUUCACUAUCAAGCAAAUCUGCUUUUCAAAGGCAUAAGCAGUGGUUGCAGCAUGCAAAAACGCGCAGUGCCAGACACAAAAUUAUGAAGUUCUUGAGAGAGCAAGCAUCGUUAUCUGCUGCUGAAAUAACAGUUGACAGCGUGAAUGACUUUAUUGCUGACUCUGAAGACGAGAAAGGAGCAGAAGAGCUCUCUGAACGUCCCAAAGUCAAUAAGCCCAUUUGGGACAGCAUUCUAAUGAAUGUCGUAGGAAUAGCUUCAGCAAAAAAGAGCAGUCAAGAUGUCUUAGGUGCUAAAAAUGGCAGUGUCAGGUCAACAAAGGUCAAUGGGAAGCAUCACAAGGAUGUGCAGGGCCUGAGUUUGACCACCACCGGCGAGUCAUUAUCUCAGGGAAAUGGUGUUGCACAAAUGAGACAAGCUAAUAUUCCUUUAUACAAGGAAGUCUUGCCUGGUCUUGAAAGUUGGCAAGCUAGCAAGAUUGCCUCUUGGCACAAUCUCGAAGGGCACUCCAUUCAAUGGUUUUGUGUGGUUUGCAUUGAUAGGAAAGGUAUGAUGGCUGAGGUUACUACAGCUUUGGCAGCUGUUGGCAUCACUAUAUGCUCUUGCGUGGCCGAGAUCGACAAAGGGAGAGGAAUGGCGGUAAUGCUGUUUCAUAUUGAAGGGAACUUGGAUAGCCUGGUCAAUGCAUGUUCUAGCAUAGAUCUAAUUCUCGGGGUGCUAGGAUGGGCUACGGGCUGCAGCUGGCCGAGCUUCAAAGAAACAGACCGGUUUCUCGAAUGUUGACUGAUUGAUCGAAUGGGAAUGGAAUUAAUUGAUACGACCACGGCUUGUUUCACUCACCAGAAGGCGUGGGUGUGAAGUUUUGUCAUAGAGCAGAAUUCUCUUUACCCUCUUUCUAUAGUUCGAUACUUAGUGAAAACUCCAGUCAAAUCUUUUUGUUCAACGCUGAGCGGAAAAAUGUAGCAGCAGAAGCAGCAGGAGCCGGCAGAGCAUACUUGACUGCAACCAAGGCCACUGUACAUAGGAAAAGAAGAGAGCUAUAGGGUUUAAGGAGAUAUACAGCUGUAAAGAUUUGUAAAUGCGUCAAGACUACGAGAGAUAUACACAGAAAGGACCUCACAGGUUUUCAGUAUAUGUUUGUCCCAAUUUGUUAUAAUUUACUUCGAGAUAUCUUCCAUCUUUGAACUCUUGGGUCUGCACAGAUGAUUCUGGCAUACUUUAUACAGUAUAGGUAACCUCUGUCCUCA